AUGAGGCUGACGCUCCAUCAGAAGCUCGAGGCGGCCCACGAUGACAGCGUGUGGGCGGCCCACUGGUCUCCCACAGAGAACCUACUGGCCACGGGGUCCGUGGAUGAGUCCGUGAAGCUGUGGCAGGACUCCGGAGAGGGGCUGGAGCAGAAGCACCAUCUGCUGGGCCUGGAGCUGGGGGUUGUGAGCGUGGCCAUCGACGGCACGGGGCAGUACGGCGCCGCCUCCAGCAUGGACAGCACGAUCAACGUAUGGUCGCAGGCCGACUACUCCUCGGCCGCGCGCUUCAAGCUCCCCCCCGCCGAGGCCUGGUCCGUGGCCUGGCUGCCGCCUUCAUCCGACGGCCGCCUGACGCUGGCUGUCGCCGGCGGCAGCUCCAACACCGUGUCGCUGCUGGACGUCGUGGCGGCCAGCCCCGACGGGCGGCUGGUCGCGGCGGGGGCCAUGGACGGCGGCGUGGCGCUGUUUGACACGGCCACCGGCCGCCUGCUGUCCUCGCUGGCGGGGCACGCCAAGGCGGUGCGCGGGCUGGCCUUCACCCCGGACUCGCGCCACCUGCUCACUGCCUGCGACGACCUGCACGCCAACCUGUACGAUGUCGGCCAGGCCGCGCUGGUGGAGUCCUUUGCCGCGCACGAGUCCUGGGUGCUCAGCGUGGCGGUGCACCCCGACGGCUCCGCCGCCAUCACCGGCUCCAGCGACGCCAAGGUCAGGCUCUGGGACCUGAGCACGCGCACGCUGGCGCAGACGGUGGCCGACGCGCACGCCGACCAGGUCUGGUCGGUGGCCUUCCGGGGGGACGGGGCACGGGUGGCCUCUGCCUCCGACGACCACAGCGUGUGCGUGUUCGACUUCCAAUGA